GCCUUUUACCCUGCAUACUCGACAGCGUAUUUGCCCCUCGACAUGCUCUCGUGCAAUUUUGCAAAAAGUGUCUCUUGCCAGCAUGGCACGCGCACUCGAUUGGUGCUGAUGAGAGUCGCUCACCGCUGCACUAUCUCGCUCGCGACGCCGCUUUUCUGGAGCUGGCGAAUUGGCGUCAAGCCAUACUCGCGGCAGUGCAGAGCGAGAACGACGGCGUAAUACUGGCGCUCGACUUGCUCCCCAUGGCUUACUUUGACAUCGACUUGAAGCGAUCCUUGCUCGUCUCUUCUCUUGGCGUUGCUGCGUCUCUUCAGCGCAGCGACAGCACCACGACUGCACCGAUCGUGCUCAGAUUCCAGACGCGCUUGCUGGAGAGCUUGUCCGCCGAGCUGCCUUCUCACGCUGUCCAUCAAGAGGUGAGCUGCAGUGCUAUCGAAUGCGGCGUAAAUGCAGACUGACAGCGCUUGCGCCCUCCAACAGCUGCGAGAACAAUUGGUCGAGGCUGCAAAACGCGCGCUCUCUGCGCCCUUUGCAGGGGCGAGCGAAAGUGGGCGCCUAAUCUCUGCCUUUGCCACGUCGUUUGUAAACUGGGCAUCGAGCGCAGCGCCAAACCAGCAGUCCCAGUGGUGGAGCACCCUGGCCCAAUUCUUGCAGGGCGCCAGAGAUGCAGAGCAAGUUGCCAGCUCUCCGGCGUCUCAGCUGCAGUGCGCAUCUGCCCGCGCAGCAGUACUCGGUGCGUUCUCAGAGAGAGCCGGCGAAAAUCGAAGAGCGCCUUCGGAAGAGAUCAUUGGGGUAUUGCAAGAUCAGCUUCUGGGGACGAUGCAGGACGACGUGUGGAGCAUCACUCACAGUCUCGCACAUCAAGCUGCGGCUCAAGCUGCGCAACAGAUGCUGCAGCUUCGACUGCGCCUCCAGCUGUCGCAUCAUUUGCAAACGUCUUCAUCAAGCCUGCCCGAGUCGGGUGCGGCCACGCUGCUCGAGCGCAAAACUGUCGAAUACAUCUGCGCUGCUUUCACGGGUGAUCUCGCGCUCCAGUACGUGCGAUUGCUCGGUGCUGUACUGCAAACCCCUACGCAUCCGCGCGUCUUGGGCGGCCGCAUCGCCCUUGCCCUCGCUGCUAUUCUUGCGAGCGUUGAGUCUGCAACUCCAGACGAUCUUGCGAGUGCCUGCGCUGCAUGCACAUCCAAGCUUACUCGCGAAGAUUACGACGCAGCGUUGUCGACCGCACUGGACGCCCUGCGGCUAAUCUUGACCGACUCGAGCGCAGCAGCAGGAGCGGCAGCAGCAGCAGCAGCAGCAGCGCGACGACGCGACGCUCGAGGUCUGCUCCUCACCCUGCAGCACCUCCUUCAACGCGGUCCCGAAGGAACGCUGCAGAUGGCACAAAGGCAGUGGAUGGCGCUCUUGGGCACUGUCAACCUCUACAUCGAUACGCUUCCCCUUGUGCUCCUCUCGCCAAUCAUGCACCUCAUCCAAAACGUCGUCUCGACCCGAGCCAUGCUCCUCCGGCUCGCCGACGUCAGCUUGCUCCUGACCAUCAUCAGCAAGCUCAUCGGACCGCGGUCACGACUGCGACAGGCACAUGAGGAGGAGGCCUUCGUGCCGAGCUCGGCCAUCUUCAGAUCCAUCAACACGACGCUGGGCGCCGUUUGCCGCCUGCGCAACGAUCUCGUCUCUUGCGCUCUCCCACACCUCAUGGUCGUCCUGAUCCGCCUCGUGUCCCUCUUUGGUCAAGCACGUGCAGAGGUAGCACCCGCCCACUUGCACAAGGUCACUCAAAAUUCACCCUCGUGGCUAGACAUUCUCCAAUCACCGCUCGACGAAAGAGACGCGCAAAGCAUGGCUCGUCUGUUGACCACGCUCACCACCAAGUCCACCCUCGCCAACGGCACCGGCAGCGCAACUAGCAAAAAGCGCAAGCGAAGCGCACCCAGCAAAUCGACAUCCCUUGCUCAGGCCUUUUCAAAGUACGCGCCCCACGUCCUCGCAGCUCACAUUCGAUCUCUCAUCCAUUCAGCCACCUACGUUUCUGCUCGGUGCAGGACUGAGCUGAAACCGGGCCUGUAUGCGCUGUGCGAGAUGAUGGGAACGCAUGAGAGGGACAGCUUGGUGCUGUCCGACAUGGAUCAGGCUCAAAGGUCCAUCCUCAAGACCAUAUGGGGCGAUUGGGAAUCUCAGAGGUACCGGGGAGAAUAGCAGCAUCUCCGUGCGCCCAUCUCCGCUAGCAAUGCCACUUCAUACCCUGUCACCGUGUGCGUGUGUGCGCGCUUUUGAUCGUGGUGUAUUGCGAGGACGAGAGAGAAAUGGCUACAGGAGAGAGUCGUAAAGGGUCGUGUCGAUGAAAGUGUUGGCGUGCCAGUGAGACCGCGCUUCUAAGCUACGACUGCAGCGCCGGGGUUGCGAAAGUAGCCGUGGUCUAGGCAGCGUUUGGCUGCGAGUAUGAGUCGAAGGCGAAUGUCAGCGCCGCUG